CCAUGUAAAGACCACGUAGUGGGCCAUGUGGGAAAUAGGAUGAGAAUGCUCUGCUCAUCUUAACCUUUACUCCCUCCCCAGGAUGGGCUAAUCCCUCCAAGGUUAAAUGAGCAGGCUGCUCAAAGAUCAAACAUCUAAAUCAGAAAAGAUCAAACAUCUAAAACAGUAGAGAAGAAGAGAAAAACAAAUUUAUAAAUGUAUAAAUACCUGUGCUAGAUUUCUCAAUUACUGUCUUAAUCUCCCCUGUCACUGCUGUAUUACUAAAUCCCAUAUUUCUUUUUUAUGAUUGUUUGUUUACAGCUGCAUGUUUUUGGAAUGAAUGCAUUAAUUUGUGAUGGGCCCAUAAUGACAAUGGCUCAGUAGGGACCCUCUGUAGAGUAAAUGGGGAACCCAUAGAAUGACGUGUGAGCUCUCAGCUUACCUCUCUCUGCCUUCACUGACCUGGUAAAAGAUGAAACCCAUGGCCUCUUUUCAUCCACUCAGGAGGCUUAUGUGCUUUACGGACUCUAUGAUCCAGUUACAACAUGAUUGACUGUUAACAUAUGUGAUGGUUAUGGCAGGUCUCUUUAACUGGGAAGAUGCCUCUUUCUCUUUCCUCCUCCUCAAUGUAACCAUUCACUUUUUUCCCUCCUGGCACAAAUCUGACUAAAAUCAAUGUUUUGCUGUGAAAAUCUUAAUUCACUAUUGCUGUGUUUUUUUUUUUUCUCUUUGUAAACGUUUUACCCACUUCCACUUUGGUUGCUCUAUGUUGGGCUGAGCCUGGGCUUUUGUAAGUCAAAGGUCUGAGUCUGGAGCUCUCUGACGGCAACCAAAGCCCCUGAUCUUGGGCAGGGCAGUGACGACUUGAGACCAUUUGAGAAAGGAUUAGCUGUUAUUAUCUGAGGUUUAGCGUACUGAAUUAGCCUACAUCACCAUAGCUGUAGCGUAAGGUUACUGCCAGCAGCAACAGCUGAAGGAAAAUGCCAAUUCAUCACAUUACAUGUGUAAAAAGUAAGACUACUUGUUUGAAUUGAAUGAUGUGCUGCAACAGUGAAAUGUAAAUGUUAACUUGAUAUAUACUGCAUUGUAUAUGCAAUACCAAAAACUGUAAUAAGAUGAGAUAGCAGAUUGACAGAGAAAAUUUAGUUAGGUUUUCACUCAAUCAGAAAAACAUCUGUGUUUACCUAACCUGUUUUGGCUCUCCUCUCUUGUGUGCAGUUUUGCUGUCAGGUAUCAGGUGUAUCACAGGUCCUUAGUUUAACCCCAGUUUUGUCACAUGAUUAAGGUCAUACCCCUCAGGGCUUUUUAUAAACAGACCAGUAGAAAGAAGCUCAGGUGCCACAUUGAUCUAAUCCUCUGAGUCUCUGUGUGGACCGGUGCUACAUUGUCACUUGCUGUUUGAAAGAUGUCUAGUGUAGGAGUAGGAAAUAUUAUCAACCUGAGGCUUUUUGGUUCAGCUGAAUUCAAACUUUUUUUUUAUUUGUAGAAAUUUUUGUUGUUGCUCAGUGGCUAAAUGGAGCAGAACAAGUGAACUUGAUUGUGGAAAAACAAGUUAUUGUGGUAUUAUACUCAUUAAGCACAUCAGCAGUUAUUUGAUUACUUGUGAGCGUAACAUCACUUCCACUCACUGAACACCCAGUGUUAUUCUAUAGACAUGCCUGUGCUUUAGCUCCCACGUAGCAAAUAAUUGUUCAUCUAAAAAAAAUUAAGAUGUUAAUGCAUAUCUCUCUCCAGGUAUGCAGAAGAUGAUAACAGACAUCUCCACUCUCCCACAUAUUAGUUUAGAUAGCCCUGUUCAACAAAAUCUCACAGUAAGGAAAUUCUCUGUGUGAAAUGAUAGUUUGGAUUAAAUUAUAAACACAGUUUGAUAUCUAAGUAAGACAAAUCUGUAUUCAUCCAAUGAUAAUGUUAGGUAGAACUCUUAACAUGUUCAAAGCAGUUGUCAUUGUGAAGUCAUGGUGUGAAUGUAGGUAAGUUAUGAGAAUGAAAGCACAUGAGGGCAGAGGAAGAAGCAGACAGAUUAGGAGUAAUCUCUCUGUCUAUCUGUUCUGUUGAGACUGUGGGUAGGAAAGAAAAGAAGAUGAGGAUGCAUGAUGUUCAGCCAUAUCGUUUACUAUUUUGGCUGCCUCAGUGAAAAUACGUCAUCAUUAUCCUGCUCAAAGUAUAAUCUUAUUCUUAUCCAUAUGUUACAAUACCAUAUGUUAACUACUCAACCGCACAUUACUUUGUUACUCCAGUUUCUCAUAACUUUCAUGAGAGGACCCUCCACGCACUAAGUUGGCAGUUCUUUUUUUAGGUGUCUUUUUUCUGCUUCUCUUUGUGUCUUUUACUUCAUUUGACUGUUAAAUGCACUGUCAACUGGCCACUGGACCACUGUUAGAGACUACUGAAUGCCAUGAACAAAUAUAGAGGGCUACAAAGCCUCUUAGGACAGAGCCCUCUUACGAUUCCCUUUCUGUGCACAGCAUCCUUGAAUAGACCACACAAAGAUCCUUAAGCCAAAAUCCCUCCCUGGUAUUUAAUUCUAAAUGAGUAAUUACUGGGUGUGUCAGUGUGUCUUAGGUUUGCAGGUAGGUUGGGUAAAGGAGCUCAUUUGCACGCUGGCUUUGGAGCGAAUUUCACUCUCACACAGACACAUUCUGAAAGACGCCGCACCAGUUGUAAGAGGGUAUCCCCGGGGAGCCACUGAAGAGCCCAGUCACUUAGGGGGGACAGACCACAUACAACUGCCAAGAUGUGUGACAUGGGGGGACUGGAUAACCUGGUGGCCAACACGGCCUACCUAAAAGCCCAGGGUGGUGAUGACAAGGAGAUGAAAAAGCGUCGACGGAGCUUGUCUCUCCCCAAGCCUGAUCAAUGUGCUGCAGUACGCGCUUCCAUUGACAAGGACUUUACAUCAGUUUGUGAAAGGCAGCCUAUUGGUAAAAAGUUUUUCCGCGAGUUCCUGGCGAGUAACGCUGAGUUUAAGCUUGCUGCUGAUUUCCUGGAUGAGCUGUAUGACUGGGAUCUGGCUGAAGGUGCAGCAAAAGACAAGGCACGCAAAAACAUCAUGACAAAGUAUUGCAAGGCCGAUUCCAAGAGCUUCCUGUCCUUUCUAACUGGGGAGGCUGCUGAAAAGUGCAAGUCUGUGACAGAUGCCAACUUUGAGGAGGUGAUGAAAGGCAAAGUCCAGGAGGGUGUAAGAGAAUUUCUGAAAGGCAAACCCUUCACAGAUUACCAGGCCAGCCCAUUCUUUGAUAAAUUCCUCCAGUGGAAAGAGUACGAGAAACAGCCCAUCAAUGACAAAUACUUCUAUGAGUUCAGGACCCUGGGAAAAGGAGGCUUCGGAGAGGUAUGUGCUGUUCAGGUGAAGAACACAGGCCAGAUGUACGCCUGCAAGAAGUUGUGUAAAAAGCGACUGAAGAAGAAGGGUGGUGAGAAGAUGGCCCUGUUGGAGAAGCAGAUCUUAGAGAAGGUUAACAGCCUGUUUCUGGUCAACUUGGCCUAUGCUUAUGACAACAAGACCCACCUGUGCCUUGUCAUGACCCUGAUGAAUGGAGGAGACCUCAAGUAUCACAUUUACAACAUAGGCUAUGAUGGCAAGGGUGUGGACAAGGGCAUAGAGAUGAAACGCAUCAUCCACUACACGGCGCAGAUCACCACCGGCAUCCUGCAUCUGCACGCCAUGGAUAUCGUAUACCGUGAUAUGAAGCCGGAAAACGUGUUGCUGGAUAGCCAGGGCCAGUGCCGACUUUCAGAUCUGGGUCUGGCCAUUGAGAUCGCUCCAGGAAAGACUGUCACCCAGAUGGCUGGUACUGGAGCAUACAUGGCCCCUGAGAUCCUGACCAAAACUCCAUACAGGACAUCAGUGGACUGGUGGGCCCUGGGCUGCAGUAUCUAUGAGAUGGUGGCCGGCUACACACCUUUCAAAGGCCCUGAGGCCAAGAAGGAGAAGGUGGAGAAGGAGGAGGUGCAGCGUCGAAUUAUCAAUGAGGAGCCAAAGUGGGAGCACAAGUGCUUCAAUGCUGACACCAAGGACAUCAUCCAGCAGUUCCUCAAGAAGAAAAUUGAGGAGCGCCUGGGCAUGAAGAACAACAUGGAGGAUCCCAGGAAGCACCCGUGGUUCAAGUCCAUCAACUUCCCUCGUCUGGAGGCCGGGCUGGUGAAUCCUCCUUGGGUGCCCAAGCCCAACGUCGUCUAUGCCAAGGACACUGGCGACAUCGCAGAGUUCUCCGAGAUCAAGGGCAUCGAGUUCGACGCCAAGGACGAGAAAUUCUUCAAGGAGUUUAGCACCGGCGCCGUGCCCAUUCAGUGGCAGACGGAGAUGAUCGAUACUGGACUGUUUGACGAGCUCAAUGAUCCCAACAGGAAAGAGGGUGGAGGAGGUUUUGAUGAUGAAAAGAAGUCCGGCACAUGUAUAUUGCUGUGAGCAGCCACACGUUUGAUGUUCACAUACCAGUAAUAAUGCUCAAUAAGUUUGUUUGUUUCUCAGUCAGAUUUACACUACAUCAACACUGAUGUCAAAGAUGGGUCAUGUUUCACAGAGGAGGUGAGCAUGAGCAUCUUUGUUGAGAAAGAUGUACCAUCUCUGUCUUGAGAGGAUGCUCAUGAUGUAGAGAUCUGCUGCUUUCAAGGCAAGGCUCAGUAAAAUUUGCAAGAUAUGAUGGUGUGUUUUGAGCAUCUUCUCUCUGGCUCAUAGCUUCUCUUGCAGUCAAAUGUAGCUAAUGAUGUAGACUUGCCACAACUUGCUAGUUGUUUACUGUUUACUUAUUAGACUAGCAAUUUUUACAACCUCCUUAUUAAGGAUACUAGUGUUAGACAUGUAAGUUAAAGGCCUUUGUGCCAGAAAUACUGUAUUACUUUAUGAAGAAACUAAAUCCAAAGUAACAGUAUUUGCAGUAAAAUUAUCUGCUGUUGAAUUCAACAUUAAACAAAUUGGAGCAAACACACGUCUUCUAAACCAUGAAACUGUUCAGUCUGAGAAUCUGUGUAAAAGUUACAGCAUUUUAUAGCACCUCCCUCUUCCCUUUAUUGAUGCCAUCAUAAGGUCACACUGUUUCUACAA